UGAGCUUUGUUACCAGCUGUUAGUUUUUGUGGUGACUUCGGUAGAAGACGUACGGUUUUUACAAUCCCGUCGUACAUUUUGCAGUAACUCGUGUGUUUAUUCGGAUCUGUCUUUCUCGUCAUUAGCAUUCUCCCAUUAGAAAGUGUUCUCCGGUAAUUUUACUAGUGUUUCGAAGAUUACAACAGGUAACCGGUGUGAGUCACAGUUUGUGGCCGGAAAGAGUAGUGAAACAGUGUCAGUGAAUCAGUCUAUACUCGUGUCGCACCACCAGUCAGUGAAUCAAAAAUCAAUCAACUUCGGGCCUCUUGGGGCAUUAAUGGCACACUGUUUGGGUGUGCGUUCCCGGUUUGGCAUGUUAACGUUGUGAAUAUUUACCGUUGUUCGAUGUAAAGUGAUAAUACAACACAGUGUAACAGUCGGGACGUCGCUUGGCGUGCAGGAAUGUUUGCGUACGCAGUCUUUUGUUCUGCGCGUUGUGGCUGAACACUUUUUUUUAUUUUGUUUUCAUUCGCGGUGUGUAAUUUUCCAUCAACACUGUCGCAUUGCACAGACAGCGGUAAACUUCCACCUAUUUGGAGUGGUGUUGUUUUUUUUCGGUUCAGUUUUUGUCCAGUUGUCCACUAUUGUCGCAACUCGCAGCAGCAACGCCCCGGGGUGUAAUAGAGAGAGAGUUUCGUUGAACUUUCGCGUUGUCAUUUAAUUCAACAAGUGUAGCUGUUGAAUGAAUUUGACUUUUUCAGACCCGUGAAAAGUGCGGUCCGAAUAAUAUGGUCUAAUUUCGCAUCCAAUUCCAGUGAAAGAGGCUGCAUUUAUGUAUGCGGAAACUAGCGGUGCCGAAAAGCGAGGAAUACAGCCAAAAACAGUGAAUCAGUGCCCGGUUGGGUUAGUGUGCGGCGGCAGAUACAGCCGUUUUAGGAAUACGCGGUGAUUCACAGAGUGGCAGCACCGGACAACCCCGCGUACCGUGUGUGUAUGUAAAACGGCCCUAACCUAAAAAUAAAACGGUAUAUUGGUGGAAAAAAAAUAAAAGCAAAAGUAUCGUCAUCGGUGACGGUCAUCGUCAUCAGGCCGCAAGCGAGUUUACGAAAAAGGAGAAGCCAACAGCAGCAACAACAACAAUAACAGUCACACGAUGGCACUGCAUCAGAAUGGGCAGCAGAUCGGCGUGCAAGAUUUUGUACUGCUCGAUGUUGUCACGAUGGAUAAUUUCAUGGACAACCUAAAGAAACGGUUUCAGGCUGGCAUCAUUUACACAUACAUCGGCGAGGUGUGCAUUUCGAUGAACCCGUACCGGGAGAUGAACAUCUACGGACCGGAACAGGUCAGCCGGUACAAAGGACGAGAGCUGUUCGAGAACUCCCCGCACAUUUUCGCCAUCGCUGACGCAGCCUAUCGGGUGUUGAAGCAGCGGAACCAGGACACCUGCAUCAUGAUAUCCGGCGAGUCCGGAGCCGGCAAAACGGAGGCGUCCAAAAUCAUCAUGAAGUAUAUUGCCGCCGUGACGAACCAGAACAAGCAGAAUGAGAUUGAACGGGUAAAAAACGUCCUAAUCCAGAGCAAUGCCAUCCUGGAGUGUUUUGGGAAUGCAAAAACAAAUCGAAACGACAACAGCAGUCGUUUCGGCAAAUACAUGGACAUCGAAUUCGACUAUAAAGGCGAUCCGGUGGGUGGUGUAAUAACCAACUACCUGCUGGAAAAAUCCCGGGUUAUUCAGCAGCAAAGCGGAGAACGCAACUUUCACUGUUUCUAUCAGCUGUUACGCGGUGCAUCCGAGGCCGAACUGAAACAGUACAACCUGCAGCGAGAUCCUGCCCAAUAUCACUACACCAAUCAGGGCAGCGUGGAGGUUCUGUCGGAAAAGGCGGACUACCGGGUAACAUCCGGCGGGCUGAAGGCGUUAGGUUUCGCUAACGACGAACUGUCCAUGGUGUGGCGUACCGUGGCAGCCGUACUGCAUCUGGGUGAUAUCCGCUUCAAAUCCCAGGACGACCAGAUUCAGAUAGCGAACCGUAAACAGCUUACCACAGUGGCACAACUUUUGCACGUGACCGAGGAGGAGAUGAUGCGAUCCCUGACGGAACGGGUGAUAGCGGCCCGAGGUGAAAUUAUGACCAAAACCCACGACACCGAACAGGCUGAAUACGGUAGGGAUGCACUGGCCAAGGCCAUCUACGAUCGGCUGUUCGCGUGGAUCAUUGACCGCAUCAACAAGGCCAUUCUGGUGCCGGGUUCGAAUACACAGAAGCGCUACAACCGGGUUAUCGGUGUGCUGGACAUCUACGGAUUCGAGAUAUUCGAUCAAAACAGCUUCGAGCAGUUCUGUAUCAACUAUUGCAACGAAAAACUCCAGCAGUUAUUUAUCGAGCUGGUACUAAAGCAGGAGCAGGAGGAAUACCGCCGGGAAGGUAUCGAGUGGACAAAUAUCGAGUAUUUUAACAAUCAGAUCAUUUGCGAACUAGUUGAACAACCUCAUAAGGGCGUAAUCUCGAUCAUGGACGAGGCCUGUCUGAACGUGGGCAAAAUUACCGAUGAAAUGUUGCUAGAUGCGAUGGACAAGAAGCUGUCACAUCACCCACACUAUUCCAGUCGUCAGCUAAAGCCAAUGGACAAAGAACUGAAGCAUCGGCAGGACUUCCGUAUCACGCACUACGCAGGAGAUGUUAUCUACUGCAUCAAUGGAUUCAUCGAGAAGAACAGGGACGCUCUGUACCAGGACUUUAAGCGCCUGUUGUACCACUCCAAGGACCGUUUGAUCACCUCUAUGUGGCCUGAGGGGGCGCAGGAUAUUUCGAAGACCACAAAGAGACCCUUGACAGCUGGUACCUUAUUCCAGCGAUCGAUGACGGAGUUAGUAGCUACGCUUCUAAAGAAGGAACCGUUCUACGUGCGAUGUAUCAAACCUAACGACAUCAAGAGUGCUUCCGUGUUCGACGAUGUUCGAGUGGAGCACCAGGUUCGCUAUCUCGGUCUACUGGAGAAUGUGAGGGUGCGCCGUGCGGGUUUCGUUCAUCGCCAGCGGUACGACAAGUUCUUGCUGCGAUACAAAAUGAUAUCCCAAUACACGUGGCCGAACUUCCGAGCCGGGUCGGACCGUGAUGGUGUCAAAGUUCUACUCAACGAAAAGAACCUAGGUCACGAUGUCAAGUACGGCAAAACGAAAAUAUUUCUCCGUUCACCGCAAACAUUGUUUGCUCUGGAGAAGCAACGCAACGAAAUGAUUCCGCACAUCGUAACGUUACUGCAGAAGCAGGUUCGAGGCUGGAUUUGUCGCCAGCAGUACAAAAAGAUGAAAGCAGCGAUUCUGAUUAUGCGCCACUACAGAAAGUACAAGCUUAAGAGUUACGUACAGGAACUGGCCGUACGCUUCCGCAAUGCUCGCCAGUUGCGAGACUACGGUAAGGGCAUCCAGUGGCCGCAGCCGCCGCUCGUUGGUCGCGAAGCGGAGAAGCAACUCCGGAUGUUGUUCUCCCGCUGGCGUGCUACCAUGAUUCUGCGUAAGUAUCCACGAGAAGAAUGGCCCCAGCUACGACUACAGAUCAUCGCCGCUAGCGCCUUCCGCAAGAGGCGCAAAUUCUGGGGACACGACCGCCGCUGGUUGGGCAACUAUCUGUCCAUAACGGCGGAGAACUCCAACUACUCGUCGUACAAUGCCAGUAUUAAUAAUAUUAAAAACACGGAUAACUUCCGAGCAAUACUGUUUUCGGCGUUCGUGAAAAAGUUCAACAAGUGCAACAAAUCGGCGGACCGCGCAAUUAUCGUGACGGACGGGGCCAUCUAUAAGCUGGAUGGAGCGAAAAAUAAAUUCCGCAAUAUGAAGCGUACCGUUGCUAUCAAGGAGAUUACAUCAAUCAGUGUUAGCCCCGGUCGGGAUCAACUAGUGGUUUUCCAUUCCCAUCAUAACAACGACCUGGUUGUAGUGCUUCAGGGAGAACAUCAACCGCUGAAGGAAGACCGUGUCGGUGAAAUUGUUGCCCACGUGUGCAAGCGUUAUUAUGAACAGUGUAAUCAGGAUUUACCGGUGAAUGUGUCACCCACGAUCCAACUGCGCCUCGGUAACAAAGCUCGCACCCUCAGCAUUGAGGCAGUGGCAGGUGUGGAGACGCCCGCUUUCGAACAUUCCGGUGCCGUAGUCGUGCUAAAGGUUCCUUCGUCCUACGCCAGUGCGAUCUAGAUCGCGGAAUGGUGUUGAAGAUUUUGCACAUUGAAUGCUAAGAAAUACGUUGAGUUUUCAUAUUGAGUUUGAUUUUUUUUUCGAUGGGUUUUUAUUUAGUAUUUCUUGUCACAGGCGGUAAACGUACUGAAACGUUAGUUCUAGUUAUAGCAAUGUUAGGUUUCGUGGAUGUAAUCCAAUCGAUUUUACCAUAAGUGCUGAUCGUUAGAUAUAAGCUAAUCAUCAUGGCCUUAAUGACCACUAGAUUGCAAUACACGGUGUACUUUAAUCCUUGGUAUGUAUUUUAAAAAGCAAAAUCGGCAUGUAUUUAAAUUUAGUAUUAAUUUAUCUAUAAUCGAGCAACGUGUUUUUUUAUAUUACAAAGUGCCAUUAUAUGAUAACGGAAAAAAUAAGUAGUUACACAUUGGGAAAACAUUGUAAAUUGAAAGACGGUACCAUCCAUGAUUCGUAUGUGAUAGAAUAUAAACCGAAAAUAGAUCGCGAUGGAACGAAAUAUAGAGGGCGCGUUAGUCAUUGUUUUAUUUGUUCAGCAGCACGUUUUUUGAUUUUUAGCAGUAAAAGAUUCAGGUUAAUCAAAGCAUUUUUAUUAUGUAUAGGAAACAUAUUUUGCAUCUACAAACUUGAAGAUUGUGCCUUUUACGAUCUUUGAUAGUAUUUAAAAUGGCAUAGUUAAGUUUUAUUUCCAAUUCAUGUGUAUUUUUCGACUUACGCCGCGUAACAAAUGUAUUUUAGAUAGUUUCUC